CAAAGAAAUUAUGAGACAAAGAAGAAGUUAUAAAUUCUUACAUUUUAAACCAAUUUCAUACUUGGAAGCACAGACAUCAUGUGAACGUACGAAAGCAUCAUCACUGUCUUCCUUUCAGAGCAACUAAUUUAAGUUUCCUUACUCUGUUUCUCUUUAAGAAUCGUAGCCUCCCUCAUUCUCUCACACACAUACAAAGUAUUAAGCUGAGAUCAAUCUUUACUCUCAACAAAAAUAGGGGCAUGAACUAAGUGCUGCUUGGUGUACUUAUCUGUUUAUGAUGGAGUUACUUGCUUCCAUCCACUGUUACUUUUGGAGUCCUUCGAGAACUAUUUGCUUAUGGAUGUCUCUGGUGCUUUUGCUCCAAUAUAGUAAAACAGUAGUCUCCAAAUCCGAUUAUUUGAUCGGACUUGGAAGCUACGACAUUACUGGUCCUGCAGCCGACGUUAACAUGAUGGGAUAUGCUAACGCGGAACAAAUUGCCUCGGGGAUUCACUUCAGGCUGCGAGCUCGCUCAUUCAUUGUGGCUGAGCCACAGGGGAAAAGAGUUGUAUUUGUUAACCUCGAUGCUUGCAUGGCUUCUCAAUUAGUGACGAUCAAAGUGAUUGAGAGAUUGAAAGCAAGAUAUGGGGAGUUAUAUACUGAACAGAAUGUUGCUAUCAGUGGUAUUCAUACCCAUGCCGGUCCAGGAGGUUAUCUCCAAUAUGUAGUGUAUCUUAUAACAUCUUUAGGAUUUGUUCGUCAGUCAUUUGAUGUCCUGGUAGAUGGCAUCGAGAAAAGUAUCAUACAAGCUCAUGAAAAUCUUCGACCCGGAUCUAUUUUUGUGAACAAGGGAGAACUACUAGAUGCUAGUGUAAACCGAAGUCCCAGUGCCUAUCUCAAUAACCCUGCAUCCGAAAGGAGAAAACAUAAAUAUGACGUUGAUAAAGAAAUGACCCUUUUAAAGUUCGUAGAUGAUCAGUGGGGUCCAGUGGGUAGUUUCAACUGGUUCGCAACUCACGGAACAUCGAUGAGUCGUACAAACUCACUGAUCAGCGGGGAUAACAAAGGUGCAGCAGCUAGAUUUAUGGAAGACUGGUUUGAGAAAAAUGGCAUUAAAAGUUCAGAUACUAAUGAAUCGGGCUCUGACGGAUUACCUCGAAGAGUCUCUAACAUCAUCCCCAACAUCCAUGAUGAUAACAAUAAGUUACUGGAGCUUGCUACAUCCUUCCGCUCAUCUCCUGGUAGCCCAGCAACACAAACUAUGAGUGUUGCCAGACGCGUCAGAGGUGCUCUUAAACAGGCUGAAAAGCCCGGAUUUGUAUCUGCAUUUUGCCAAACAAAUUGUGGUGAUGUUAGUCCCAAUGUACUCGGAGCAUUUUGCACCGACACCGGUCUUCCUUGUGACUUCAAUCAUAGUACCUGCGGUGGAAAGAAUGAGCUGUGCUAUGGCCGAGGACCAGGCUAUCCUGAUGAGUUUGAAAGUACUCGUAUUAUCGGAGAGAGGCAAUUCAGAAAAGCCGUGGACUUGUUUGAGAAAGCAUCUGAACAGUUAAAAGGAGAGGUUGAUUAUCGUCACACUUACAUAGACUUUUCCCAGCUUGAGGUAACACUUACUAAAGUGGGAGGAGGUUCUGAGGUAGUUAAAACUUGUCCCGCUGCAAUGGGAUUUGCAUUUGCUGCAGGAACAACUGAUGGACCUGGAGCUUUUGAUUUUAAGCAAGGAGAUGACCAGGGAAAUCCUUUUUGGAGGCUUGUCCGUGACGUACUUAAAACUCCAGAUAAGAAACAAGUUGAUUGUCAGCAUCCAAAGCCCAUCUUGCUAGAUACUGGUGAAAUGAAGCAACCGUAUGAUUGGGCGCCUUCAGUACUUCCAAUCCAGAUCCUUCGGAUAGGGCAGUUUGUCAUUCUCAGUGUACCAGGAGAAUUUACAACAAUGUCUGGGAGGCGUCUCCGGAAUGCUGUGAAGACAGUGCUUACAAGGAGUGGUAAUGGGGAAUUUGGUAGUAACACUCAUGUUGUUAUAGCUGGCUUGACUAAUACGUAUUCGCAGUAUGUUGCUACCUUAGAAGAGUACCAAGUGCAGAGAUACGAGGGUGCCUCCACACUGUAUGGUCCACACACACUCAGUGCCUACAUUCAGGAGUUCCAGAAGCUUGCAACUGCUCUUAUCAAAGGUCAACCUGUUGAAGCCGGGAUGCCGCCUCCAGAUCUUCUACAGAAGCAAAUAAGCUUACUCACUCCAGUUAUAAUGGACUCAACUCCUGCUGGUAAAAACUUCGGGGAUGUCAGCUCCGAUGUUCCAGCUAACUCAACCUUCAAGAGAGGCAGCACCGUGACCGUUGUUUUCUGGUCAUCUUGCCCCAGGAAUGAUCUCUUGACAGAAGGUACUUUCGCCCUUGUUGAGAUGCUCCAAGGGAAGGAUACAUGGACCCCAAUGUAUGAUGACGAUGAUUUCUGCCUUCGCUUUAAAUGGUCAAGACCUUCAAAGUUAAGCCCCCAGAGUAAGGCAACAAUCGAAUGGAUAAUCCCAUCAUCUUCCUCACCGGGAGUAUACAGAAUAAGACAUUUCGGUGCUUCAAAAGGGCUUAUGGGAUCAAUUCGGCAUUUCACUGGUUCAUCAAGUGCUUUUGUAGUGGCAUGAGAAAAUUAAAGCUCAAAGCUAUUUAUACAUGGUAUGGCACAGCGUCUUCAAAGUUUAAUUAUUUUUAUGCUAUUUAUGUAAUGAAUUGCCUUUAGGUUAUAAGUUCAAACACGGUCGAAUCCAACAAUGUUCCUAUAAUGCUGCCUCAACUCAUUAGCUCAAUGUAUUCAAAUUGUAUUUUGUGUGGAAAGAACAGUACAUGAAUCUGUUGCCUUUAUAAUAUAAGAAAUAAAGAAAAAUAAUAAAGAAAUUGCAAUCC